AGGGACAAGGGUCAGUGUGAUAGAUCUUUUGAAUAUCUCUCCUUCAAUUUAUCAAUCUCCAACAUGUGCAAUGGCCUUUCAAGGACUUUUAUUUUGACGAUGGCGACCAUAUUGAUUUCUUUUAUUUCCACAGACAUAAGGAAGUGUGGUUCUGCUAGCAACACGCAGGAUCCUCACGUUUUGUAGUGAAAGACGAAUGGAGCCAAAGUUGUCAGACUAUAUAUCAUGUGCUGCUUAGUCCUAUACAACCAAACGAUGUGUUUGCAAGAUAAUUAUCUCUGAUCUGAAUCGUCUAUAUGUACAACAUUUCUGCUGAGGAUGGCACAAAUAGACAGUCCUAAGGAGGCCUUUGCUGUUCUUCGCCCACGCUGUGUGAUUUUGACCCGUGAGCCAUCCGUUACUAAUGUGGAGGCUUUACACAACUAUCUGCGUACCGUCGAUGAUGGAGCCUUGCAGCAGCUUCAGGAUUAUGUUCUUUUUCCACUACGCUUUGUCCUUAAAAUUCCUGGACCUAAACAGGAGGGCCUUGUCCUUGCUGUGAUGGACACAAUGACUUAUGUCCUGGAGAAGACUUCUGUGAGGAGCUGGGAGUCACUGUACAACAUCUUCUCAGAGUUAUGCUUAUGUAUUUCUUCCCCAAAUGAUCCAGGAAAGCCAGGAUCAGCUUCAGAAGAGUUGAAGUUAUCAGUUUUAAAGUGUCUUGAUGUCCUACUGCAUGCAGCCUAUGGGGAUGUGGUUUUUAAACUGUAUGAGCCUGCCAUGCUGCCUACCCUUGGUGCAGCCAUUUCCCUGAUUUUGGCUUUGAUAGAAGGGGAGCAGGCUCGUGGAGUGCAGAUAGCUGCACUGAAAUGUCUACAGGCUCUGGCUUUCCAGUGUGACUGUCCUCAAGAUCAUGUGAUUCCGAACCAGGAGGAGAGCUAUGCACUUGGCAAUGCAUUGGCCUCAUUUUUGCCGGGAGUCACACGGACAUUGAGUCAGGUUAUUUGCCAUGAUAUGACACGGGGACAUACUGUAGUGAUGAGGGCUCUUAGGGUGCUGUACACAAUUGUAAGUGUUGUGAUGGAUGAUGGGCAACUUAUCAACAAGGAAUCUGCGGAAGUAGCAGUGGCACUGAGACACCAUGGAAAGUUGGGGGAAUUGAAUGUUCAGAGAAGUUUUGAUUGGAUCAAAAACACCUCUCAAAGACUUUCUAUGGUUUUACAGAAGAUCAUCUCUUGCACUUCUGCCCAUCAGCACUGGAGAGUGAGGUUGGAAUUGGUGAGCUUGUCUGGAUAUCUACUAGCCAAAUGUUCCAAGUCCCUUGAGGAGUGCACAGGUUCCUUUCUUGGGGCUUUAGUUGGGGCUAUUAACGAUGAAGAGGCCUCUGUUAGGGAGAAAUCCAAUAGGGUCUUGAAAGAGAUUGCUGUAAGUAGCCAAGCCAACAACUGCCAGGCCUUUACUGAUCUUCUUUCAGAGAAUCUUCAUGGUUUGUCCUCUUCCUUGCCACAGCUGAUGAGAACUGCAGAUGAUCAACAGAAGUUUUUUGUCCUCAGUGUGUAUCUUGGAUAUCUGAAGGUCCUGGGGUCCCAGGUAGCGGUCAUGUUGAAUUCAGCUGUCCAUCUGAAGCGCAUUUCUAAAGCCAUGAUGCAGGUCUUAGAAAUGGAUGUGACAGAUGUGCGGAUUGUUGAAGAAAGAAGCUUUCCAAUAGUGGUUCAAGAUGGGUCAGCAACUCCCAUUACAAACAUAUUAAAGAAACAUUUUCUUUACUUCACCGAUGACAGGAUCUAUUUAGUGCUCAGGGAAAUCUGUCAGAUGUUGGGUUACUAUGGAAACCUCCACCUUCUGGUGGACCACUUCAUGGAUCUUUAUAGAGAGUCCUCAGCAUACAGGAAGCAGUCAAUUCUAGUGCUCAAUGAGGUCCUUGCUGGUGCUGUUGGUAUUGACCUGGAGGGUGAUCAGAAACCAAAGCCUGCAGUAAGCCUGAUAUCAGUUAUAUCUCCAGUCAUUGAAGAGUACUUAAGUGCAGACAACUGGGACUUGCCCACCAACUAUGAGCAGUCUUUGCAUUCCAACCAAGAUGAAAACCAUGGCCAAGGCCCCUCAUUAACCAUAUCAAAAAGUCCUAAUGAGUUUUGUAUGGCAACAGUUGGAGAUGUGAGGCAACUGAACAGUAAUAUAUGGCAGAUCUGCCUUCAGCUGGAAGGGAUUGGAAUGUUUUCGAGAGUACUUGGCCCUAACUUCCAUCCAUUGUUGAUGAUGGUUCUGUACUCUGUUCUGGAGAAGGUGGGGGACAAGUCAUUAGUUGUCAGCCAAUCAGCGGUCGGUACAAUGUCAGAUAUUUGCCAAGCUUGUGGGUAUGCCUCGCCUAAUGAACUGAUCAACAGUAAUGCAGAUUAUCUGCUUAAUGACAUUUCACUUAACCUUGGGAGGCCCGGUGUCCAACCACAUGCCCCUAGGGUAUUUGCUGCCAUGGUGACCCAUUCAGAUGCUAGUCUGUUACCUUUAGUAGCGGAUGUUGUGCAAGAUGUGUUGACUUCUCUGGACCUUAACCAUGACCAGAGGGCUUUAGAGGUGUGUGAGGUACUCCACUCGGUCAUGAAGGCAAUAGCAAGACUGGACCUCAGCAGCAAGAAGCAACCAAAUCUUCUGGAGAUGAAAACCAAAGAGCUCUUGGAUGCCAGAGGGUUUCUGCUGGAAUACCGUAGACAGGUGGAGUUGGCUGAAGGGAUCACAAUCAGUCAGAAGGAUCAAGAUGACCAAGACAUCUCAUCAGUGACUGAAGACCAAGAAGAGAAUGGAGACUCAGAUGGGCUCAGGAUGGACACGGACCUGCCCUCUCAUAUCACCAUAGCCAAAGAUGUUAUGGAGCGCUGCAUCCAUCUACUGUCCAUCUCCAGCCUCAGACUCCGGCUCAAGGUCCUGGACAUGCUGAAGCUGUGUGUGAAUGUGAUGUGUGAAUAUAAGCAGCACUUGUAUCCCAUGGUCCAUCGUUGCUGGCCAGUACUACAGCAGCGUCUCAAUGAUGAAGAUCCUUUUAUUGUACCCCAGGCAUUUAAGGUUCUUUGCUCUAUGGGAGAGGUGUGUACUGAUUUCUUGAAGAAGAGAGUAUCAAAGACAGUGAUGCCAAAAAUAACCGCCUACCUAACUAAGCAAGCACAGACCAGUGUCAAGGCUGGGCUUAAUUACACUCAAAGCCUCAACUACAAGCUCCAGUUGGCUUACCUGCAGGGACUUGGCCCUUUGUGUGUCUCCCUAGAUCUGGAGGAAUCAGACCUAGACAUGGUGGCCGAAGCCUGCCUCCCAUACCUCAGUGUCCAACAGCCACCCAGACUGCAAGAGGCCUGCUGUAGUGUCUUCCAAUGUAUGAUCACCAAGGAUCCAGAUGUCAUUUGGUUUACACUGUGCGAGCGCUUUUGCCCAUAUAUAUACCAGCCUCUCCACACUGACUUCAUGCCAGUUCAGCUCUGUGGAAUGGGUCUGCAGAAACAUGAAUAUACGGACAAUAUCAUGAAACUACUAACAGAGUUCAGAAUAGAGCCAACAGGAAUGAGUGUAUUACAUUGUACAUGAAGCUAUGAAGAGCAAGGGGCCUAUUAAGUCACUUGGCAAUGCUGUUUAUCUGUGUGUAUAUAUGUGUAAAUCUGUUAAUCCUGUGUGUGUGUGUGUGUCUGUUAAGGCAUGGAACUGUUUUGUGAAAUUACCUGUGAAAUCAGAUGUAGCGCUAUUGAAUUUGUGAUAAAUGCAAAACUGGUUUUAUUCAUAUGCAAUGACAGAGACAAUACAGAAGAAAAGUGACCAGAUCUGUACAAAGUUUAAGACCUCACGGUCUGAGAGUCAGUACAAUUUCCCCGCAACAAAUAUUUUUCUCAUA